CUGCACACGUACACACACACGUACACACACACGCACACCGCACUGCUGCACUGGCCCGCCUUCCACAACGGGGCCGCCGCCGGGCUCGCGCUCGUGCCCGUCGCCGGCGCCACCAUACACCACAGCUGGGUCGUCUACAACAAGCCCCGGGUGACUGCACACGUACACACACACGUACACACACACGCACACCGCACUGCUGCACUGCUGCACUGGCCCGCCUUCCACAACGGGGCCGCCGCCGGGCUCGCGCUCGUGCCCGUCGCCGGCGCCACCAUACACCACAGCUGGGUCGUCUACAACAAGCCCCGGGGAACACAAGACAUGUCAACAGAACACGCGGGCUUUUUACUGGCGUUGGGGCUAAAUGGGCAUUUGCGGGACAUGCCGUUUAUGAAUAUCUACGAGUAUCUCGUGAAAUGCAACGAAAUGAUAAGCGUGGGACUGUUGCUGGGCUUGGCGGCUACUUACAGAGGAACCAUGGACGUGCAAGCGACGAAAAUGAUGAGCAUUCACCUGGAACCACUUCUCCCACCGACGUCUAUAGAGUUGGACAUCCAGCAGAAUAUUCUAGUCGCAGCGUUGUUGGGAGUGGGACUGAUUUACCAGGGGACCUGCCACGCCCACUAUGCCCAAGUGUUGUUAAACGAGAUUGGUAAGCCGCCUGGUCCCGAGAUGGAGAACUGCGUGGAGCGCGAGGGGUAUGCCCUGGCGGCGGGGCUCGCGCUGGGGCUGGUGUGUGUCGGCGCCGCGCACGCCGCGCCCGCGCACCUCGCCACGCGCCUGCGCGCCUACGUGCUCGGCGCGGACCGCCGCACGCUGCACGCGGCGCGCGAGUGGUGCGGCGGGAACGCGGACGUGACGGCGCCGGGCGCCACGCUGGCGCUGGGGCUGCUGUUCCUGCGCGCCGGCGACUGCGCGCCCGCCGCCUGGCUGCGCGCGCCCGCCACGCCCUACCUGCUGGACUUCGUGCGCCCCGACCUGCUCAUGCUGCGCGUCGUGGCGCGAGGUUUAAUACUGUGGGACAGUAUAGAAGCGUCAGAGGAAUGGAUCGAAGACCAAGUACCAGCAACGAUUAAACCCUAUUGCUUCGUGAAACCUACUGAAGAAAAUAUCGACUAUGAAGCAAUGAACCAGGCGUACUGCAACAUAGUGGCGGGCGCGUGCUUCGCGCUGGGGCUGCGCUUCGCGGGCUCCGGCGACGAGGAGGCGCGGGACGCCGUGCUGCAGACCUGUGCGCGCCUGCUGGGCGCGCGCGGCCGCCGCCUGGCCGACCUGGCGGGCGCCGCCACGCUCGAGACCUGCCUGUGCGUGUGCCUGCUCGCCGCCGGCAUGAUAAUGAGCGGGCGCGGCGACGUGGCGGUGCUGCGGCUAUGCCGGCGCCUGCGCGCGCGCACCGCGCACCCCGCGCGCCCCGCACGCCCCGCGCACGCGCACCCCGCGCCGCCCGCACUCUCGCACGGCGCUCAGAUGGCAGUACACUGCACUAUCGGGCUACUCUUCCUGGCAGGAGGUCGGGGUACCCUCAGUACUUCGAAGACAGCUGUGGCGGCCUUACUAAUAGCUUUCUUCCCGAAAUUUCCAACGCACAGUGAAGAUAAUAGAUAUCAUUUACAAGCAUUCAGGCAUCUCUACGUGCUGGCAGUCGAGCCGAGACUCAUACUGCCUCGCGACUUGGACACUGGGAAAUUGUGCUACGCUCAUAUACAGGUGGUAGAUCUACAAGGCGUUGUUAAAGAGAUGAAGGCGCCGUGCAUAAUACCAGAACUAGAUACAUUGAAGGAGGUGAAAAUAAACGAUCCCAGGUAUUGGCCUAUCGUGUUCCAGAGGGACCAAAAUUGGGACCAGUUAAAAACAUUCCUUGAAUAUACGUGGUGUAUAGAUAUAAAACAACGGGCGGGUUGUCUCUCUUAUGUCUCCGACCCGCAAGGAUUCCUCACUAUACUGGCCCAGACCCUCACCCUGGACAAGACCAACAUUUGGCUGGCGACACCGGAGAACAUCGAACUAUUCACAAACGACGACAAAGUGCGGAGCUUCGUCAAGCAUUACCUCACGAGCGAAACAAGCAGUUCGAAAAUUUGCGCCAAUUGUUUGCUGGUGAGCAAGAAAAGAGGCAAGGCGGAGGGUCUUGUGAAGCAGUGCCAGUGUCGGAAGUACAGCAAGGAGGAAGAGGAACACGUGCAGGCACUUAGUAUGGUCACUUACGAAUGUCUUGUGAAAGACAUCUUGUGUGCUUUGCCCAUUUGGACCACAUUUUUGAAGAUGAUAAAGGCGAUGAAGAGCGAGCCGACAUCGUACCAGGUGUGGCAGGUGAAGCUGGUGGUGUCGCAGGUGGCGCGGCAGGCGCGCGGCGCGGCGGCCGAGAUGUGCGUGGACGGGCAGGACGCGGCCGCCGAGCCGCUCAUCUCCGCAGAGUUCGCGCUGGCCGUGCAGCAGCGCGUGUGCGCCGUGCUGGACUCCUGGGAGCCACGCCUGGCCGCCCAGCUGCGCCGGUACUUGGGGUUGAGCGGUGGGAGGCGGGUGGGUGCGGAGUGGCGCGCCGCUCUCGCCGCGUACGUGCUGUACCACGAGCUGAGCGCGGGCGCGGGCGCGGGGCUGGGGCCGGGGGCGGGCGCGGGGUCCGUGGCGUGCGCGCGCGGGCCGCUGGGCGCGCUGGCCGCGAGCGCGCUGGCGCCGCUGCUCAGCUGA